AAAAGACCCGAAUAUCCAAAUAGAUUUACGACAGCGAGAGGAGCAAGAGAAGUUUAAAAGCGUAACUAUCUGGUGACCAGCGGAAUCAGUGCACCAGCACGAAUGCGAUCUGAGCAUGAAUGAGCACCAGCAUCCCAUCCAUGGCUGAGCAAAUAACGAAUACAUGUCAGGCUAUAACUCCAACGCCGAUUAUACCAUUUAAAGAAAACGCAAAUUCGAAAAACGCAUAAAACAAAAUAUGGCUAAUUUUAAUUGGAAAACACCAGUGGCUGCUACAGUUUAAGCCAUUUAAAAUCUACAGCCCCUGCGGCAGACUCCUCCCGUUGACGCACGCCAAUUCUUUCCAUUUGAAUGCCCAGCAAAUGGCCAAUUUAUAAAAGCAACGGGCGAACAGCGUUUUCGCUGGAGUAGCAUUCGAAGAUCGCUAGCGUUUGGUAGCAAGUGGAGUGGAUUUGCAGCGGGAUAUUAAUUAGAUACAUCUGUAGACGCCAACGCCACUACAAUGACGCGUCUCGAGUGGUUGCUGCUCCUGGCGUGUGCCGCCAACAUUGGAGCUGGCGUCCAGGCUGCCACUACCAAAAUCCAGCGACCGCGCCGGCAUAGCAUUGCCGAUCCUUCUCCGACCUCGGCAGGCACCAGCGAUUGGGGACUGGGACCAGAGCUGACUUUGGCUCGACGUGUUUACGAAGAAUGCCAAGAGAAAAACGACUUUAUUGGAUGUCUAAAGAAGAAAGCGCUGCAAGCUUUAUCGCGUGCUUUGGAUCAGGACAGCAUUAAAAUCGUGGACGGUCUGAUGCUUGAGAAGCAGAACCAAAGCGAGACCGACAGCGUCAUCGGUUCGCUCACCGAUGCCCGGCAAUUUGGUAACCUGGCGCCCCUCGAUCGCGCUCUGCUAGCCAAGGCCGACAAACUAAUGCGCACGCAUGCGCUGAAGAUCGACAUGGACUUGGAUUUGGAUGUGGGCGUCGGUCGCGAGCACAAGAAAAAGAAGCAAAAAGAUGGUGGACACAUCAAGUAUGUGAUUGCUGCGCUGCUAACAGCAAUGGGCAUUGCCGGACCACUGGGCCUGAAGGCGCUGGCCGCUAUUGCCGGCAAGGCGCUGGUAAUCAGUAAAGUGGCCCUCACCAUAGCGGGCAUAAUAGCGCUUAAGAAGCUCUUUUCACAUGAUCACAGCGAAGAGACCAGCUUCCAAGUGCAUGCUGGCGAACACAACAGACGCAACACCUAUGUCAUCCGGCCCGUCUCAAAAACAAAUGCCGGCGUAGGCGUUACAGCUGCCGGCGGAAGCUCCCCAGUGGAUCCAUAUCGGUAUUACUACGAGUAUCAUCAGCAGUAGACAAAGAGCUCCAGUCGUUAUUCAAGUUUCGUGUGCGUAUGGUAGUGUGUGUACAUGUAUUAGUGCUUAAAAGUCGUUAUCCGUCAAAGCCGAUGCAGCUAAACUACCAAAGAACCCAGCCGAACCGAACGCAGCGAGGAACAUCCUUGAUAUUCAUGCGUAUUGGACAGGCCCUAACAUAUAUUGUAGCUUUAUGUUUAAGUGUAAUAUAUCUUAACAUUAGGGACAUGGUGCACGACACAUAGCAC